AUGGUCGCACCUCCACAAGCACAUCAAGGCCAACCGCAGUUGACUGCCGCGCAAAUACAACAGCAGCACCUCGAGAGUCUGCGCCGCCAAGACCUCGCCCGCCGUCAAGCGAAGAAGCCUACCGAUCGCGAGAUUCCAGACGAAGUCAGUGAGGCAAUAGUGGGAGAUGGCGUUGGUCGCUACAAGCAGCUGCGCGAAAUUGAGCGCCGGCUAGAUGCGGUCAUGAUGCGCAAGCGCCUCGACAUCAGCGACAAUCUCCAGAGACGUUACACGCGCAGAGAAGGCAUUCUGCGCAUCUGGAUCUCCAACACAGCCGAAGGGCAGCCAUGGCAGGUCAUGGAAGAAGGCACAGCGAACGAGGAUGGCAUUUUCGAGUUCGGAGAGAACCAGGCUACAUACAAGGUCAAGAUUGAGGGCCGCCUGCUUGACGAUCCCGAAGAUGAUGAGGCAGACAAGCCAGCACCACAACACCGACCACGACUGAGCACAUUCUUCAAGCAGAUCAGUAUUGACUUCGAUCGCGAUCCGAACCUUCAGCCCGAUGGCUUCAGUCAAAUUGAGUGGCGGAAGAAGCAGAUGCCUCCAGGCCAACAGCUGGAUCCGACUGAUUCCGAAAACAACUUUGACACACUAGAGUUCACGCGAAAGGCGGAUGAGAAUAUCAACAUCACCAUCAAUCUCACUCGCGACGAAAAGAGCGAGCGAUUCAAGCUCAGCCCGGAACUGGCCGAGAUUCUAGACACUGAAGAAGAAGACCGUGCGGGAGCGGUACAAGGUAUCUGGGAGUACUGCCGUGCCAUGGGCCUGCAGGAAGAUGACGACAAGAGAAAGAUCAUCUGCGAUGAGCCCUUGCGCAAGCUCUUCAAAGCCGACCAAGUCUACUUCCCAUACGUUCCCGACGCGCUUGUGGCCCACCUGCAUCCUCUUCCACCUAUCCAAUUGCAGUAUACGAUCCGUGUCGACAAGUCAUAUAUCAAAGGAGAGCGCGACGAAGACUCUUCUUCAGACGGCGACGCUACUGAGGAGCUCAAGCCAUGUCGGCCAACUGUCUAUGAUAUUCGCGUGCCGAUGCCAAACCCUCUUCAGCACCAAUUAACGCGCUUCCAAACCUCGAAGUCGCACCUUAAUGAUCUCCAGACCAUCGUCAAGAUUGACGAUGACUUGGCACUUCUGGUCCAGAAGAUCCACCAAACGAACGCGAAGCGCAAAUUCUACAACAACCUCGCCAAGGAUCCGACAUCAUUCGUCAAGCGAUGGAUCAGCAGCCAGCAGCGUGACCUCGAGAUUAUCCUUGCCGAAGCCACUCGCGGUGGUGGAGAGGAUGCUACUAACGAGGAGUUCCGUCGUGGUGGAAGAGACGGCGUAUGGGGUUCUGAGUUGGCUCGAGAAAGCGUUGGCCUUUGGCUAGCACGAAGCUCGAAGCCGCACUAG